AUGACAACUGGAACAUGUGCGUUUGGUCUCAACCUCACAGCAGCGAAUCGAGUCUUCAUCAUCGAGCCGCAGUGGAAUCCAAGUGUUGAAAAUCAAGCAAUCGCAAGAGCAAUUCGGAUGAAUCAAAAGGACUCGGUUGUUGUGACUCGAUACAUGAUUAGAGGAACGGUGGAACAAGAAAUGAGAUCGCAACAAAAAAGAAAGCUGGAGAUUGCCGAUAUUGGGAACAAUCCAAGCCAGUAG